AUGACAACUCAGAAUGAUGGCUCUACGGGGAUACCUAAUAUUCAAAGCAUGAUAAAUUCUGAUGAUUCAAAGAAAUCAAAUUUUUGUUUGAAUGGGACAAACAGUCAGAGAAUUUCAUACUGUGCGCAGAAGAAUGCACAAAUAUACGACAAAACGAGUAUCGGAAGAGAUCAAAUAGACACAAACGGACAAAUGUACCCCAGAUAUUCAUCAUAUCCUUUAUCUCCGCUAUCAACUUUUACAAUUCCGAACUUUGAUAGUGAUCUUUCUGCCAGCUCACUUGCGCAUGGAUUAAGUGAGAUUAUCACCACAAAGAUCGAUGAAGCGGGAUUCGGUGAUGAUGCAAUCAGUUCAAUUGAUAAUCUCUUAGCGAUUGAUACACAACCGACGAAUGUAGCAACUCAGGUGACUUCAAAUAACUUAGGCUCGAUGCAAUCUUAUUCAGAUCUUCUGGAGUUUCUUCAAGGAGGUGAUUAUUAUAAGAGUCAAAGUGACGAUAGUUCCAUUAAAAAUACCCCUAACAUCGAUGAUUAUGUUCCUGGGGUGAAUGAUGCUUUUAUGCGUCAAAAAUUCUUACCGUCAUUUAUUUCGCAUCCUCCUUCCGUCGAAUCAUUUGAAUUCUGCGGUGAUCAUAAAAGAUAUUUGGAGUCGUUUUGCAAUGAUUUUUCGAGGGUGAUUACCCCAUUAACUGUAGCACCAGAUAAAAAUCCGGUCAGGGACAUUAUUUUAACUUAUGCGAAGAACAACAACUAUUUAUUGGCUGUUGUUCUCUCUUGCGGUGCACUGCAAUUGCACAGGAAAACACAUAUUGAGAAGGACAAGGCAGCGUAUGGUCUGUACCUUUGGAUUUGCAUCAAACUUUUAUCCACUGUUCUAUCGGACGAGAAAAAGAUUACAGAGAAGAUCGAACCAAUGAUUUUGACACUACUUCUACUGGCUUCGUAUACGGCUGUAUCCAAUAUUCAGAAAUGGAGGCCGCAUUUAAAGGCUGCAAAGGAGCUAUUAGCUGCAUAUGCACCUCGAAAAGAUUCCACUGGAUACUCAGAAAGCUCUUAUGUUUUAGCAUUUUGCAGAACAUGGUAUACAUCCAUUGAGGUGAUUGCAGGAUUAACGGCUUCCAAAGGUGGGACCAUCGAUAGUGAAACUGAGAUUGACUCCUUGAUUUUUGACUUGCCGGACAUGAGAUACUAUCUUCAACUCAUGAAUAUAUCGAGAAAGGAUGACUUUAACUUGUUCUAUGGUUACACAAACAGCCUUGCUGUUUCUCUUCAAAAGCUUGCCAAAUAUAUGCAGAGAAUUAAAAAAUAUAAGAAAUCAAUUAAAACACAUGUCACUUCUUCACCAAACAUUACUGUUGAAGAAUUGCAGAGCUUGAUGCAUAAUAUAUGGAAAAACCAAAAUUUCUUCAUUAUCAGCAAAAAUGGCAUUAUACCCAAAGAUCACUUUAUUCUUCCGGAGAAUUACAUCAGGGCCCCUCCCGGAUUUGAACCUCUCUCAUAUGAAGCUAUUGAAAAACUGGAACUGGUUGAUGGACGUACAGAGUAUAUAUCCUGGUAUGAUAUAUGCCAACAGUCGUAUGCUUGGACUGCAUUACUUCUUGUUUUCACACGAAUUCAAGAGCUUCCUCCAAAGCAUUACCUGGUGAAACAAACAGUUCAUAAGAUUCUAUCUUUGAUGAUCUUUCUUCAUGCAAAAAAGACUGUGACGGGUUAUGUGAUGAUGCUAUUACAGUGUUCCGUAUAUAUUACGGGUUUAAAUUGUACGGAUAUUUGCGAUAGACAAUUGGUUUUGAAGUUUUUUGAUAAUUUGAAUGUCAUGGGAAAUAUUUCUGCCAAGGUCAACAAGGCAAAACUGAUUCGUGUUUGGAAGAAAUAUGACAGCAAUGGUGGUAAAACAACAGUCGUAUGUGGAUCAGAUUCAGAUGAUGAUGAUAAUGAAAUACCCAAAGAUAUUAUUAGUUAUUGA